UCCAUACAAUCGUAUGUAGUGGCAAUGGGAAGAACAAAAAAACGGGUAUUACUGAUAACGAAAGAUUUGCAUGUAUAUGAAGCUCCAGUUGAUUCAUUUGAUUCUAACAGAAAUAAAACAUAUUUGAAAUAUUUGCCAACACCAAUGAAGGAUAAAUAUCCGGUACUUUAUGAUAAUCCAAUUUUUAAAAGUAUCAAAAAUGAUAUGAAUGUAGGGAUUAUGUAUGAUAGUGAUGGUGAUUGGAUUUGUAUGACUGCUAGUAACGGUAAACAGGGAAUCAACUAUAAUAUCGAUAAAUCAAAAGUACAUAAAGGAUUUGUUUUAAGUGAAGGACCAGAAACCUUGAUUGCAACCAAUGAACCAUGUAAAUCCUAUUCUAUACAAAGAAGAGAAGCGAAUGAAAAUGAUCUAAGUCUUACCGGUCUUUGGCUUACUGCUUACAAAUGCAAAAAUGGUGAUCGCAUAAUCAACUCGGAUGGAAUAGAGAAAGUGACAGAUUUUAGAAUAAUGUGUUUCGAAAAUAUGGGACAAAACAACGUUUUGUUGAUAGAAGGAAAAAAGUGUGACAAUGAGGCUCCAAUAGAAUGGCCAUUUUCAAGCGGUUUCGUCAGUGAUGGGAAAUUUUUUAUAAUCGGGUAUACUAUUAACUAUAUAUUCAGUGAGAAUUUUUUCUUUCAAAAAGGAAAAAAAUUUGCAUUAACGAUAGUUAAUAAUAAAGUUUUUUUCAAAUGUGGUGGUAUUGUUCCACCCGAUUCCAAAUCAUAUUUUUAUUGGAUAAUUGCAGCAAUCAUAUUAUUAAUGGGAAUGGUGUUAUUAGCGAUAAUAAUAAGCAGUGUAUAUGUUGCACAUCGAUCAUUGGCAAACAGAAAAAAGACACGUUCCGAUUUGGAGAGAUCAAGCAAAAUCAGUUUAUCCAAAUCGUCCAUAAAAGUAACNAAAGCAACUUCUCCCGGCAGUCGAACAUCACUAAAAGGAAGAUCAAAAAAGGCAGCCUCUCCAGGUAGUCGAACAUCACUAAAAGGUAGAUCCUCAAGACCAACCUCUCCUAUGAGUAAAAUGAGCAGUAAAAUUAGUCUGAAUCGAUUGAAACGUUCAAAGUCACGAUUAAACAGCAUCAGUCGUGGUGGAUCAACAUCCAAGCUAGCCAGUUUAAUUAAACAUAUUUCAUAA